AGUUGCUCGGAGAGGAGUUGCAGUCCGAUUUCUUUGGAAGGGUCCUGCUUGGAAAAUAAUCAAUUUUUCAUCUCUCCUUGGUCCCGUGGCGUAAUGUGAUCUACUUAAAGGUGGCAGAAAUUUUCGGACAGGCCAAGAAUCCAUUCAAUCUCGCUUCUGCGUCAAGUCGUUUGGGCGCACGUUGAAACUUCAAAGCCUGCUUAGGUUAGCCCAGAGCAGCCUAGCCGCUAACAAAGAGAACACAGACAGCCCUUGGGAUUUACACGUCGCGGAGCAAGCAAACAUCAAGUCCCAAAAUGGCAGAUAUCAGUCAAGCACAUCGUCCUCAAUGCCAGGAGUCUGCUCGCAUGGAAAAAGAGGGGGAGGAAGCGUUGCUAUACGUCAAGAAGGUGAAGGAAGAAUUUGUCGAAAUUAAAGAGGAGCAGAAGGAGAACCCCCACAUUGAGGAGCAGCAGCAACCUCAUUCCCUCAAAAAUGAGGAGGAAGAGGACCCGCCAUAUGUUAAAGUGGAGGUGGUGGACAUCCUCAAGUGGACUGAUGAGCCCAUGAAGGGUGAAGAUGAAGGUCCGAGUGUUGACAGCAAAGGGGUGGAGCCUCCAAGUGGAAGCAACAGCAGUUCAAAAGAAGGAUCCCAAGCAGGCAACCUCAGUAGUCGACCAUCAGAUAGCGACGACGCCACAUCACACUCGCUUUUUUGUAUCAAAAAAUAUCUUGGUCCUGAGCGGCAGGAGUCCGUCUUCCCUGACGUUAAAGAGGAAGUUGAGCACCCGCAAAUAAAAAAGGAAGAGCCAGAUGACCCUCAACAGCAAAAGAGAGGAGAGCAACUUCCAAUAAAAAAAGAGGAGGUAGAGCUGCCAUACGUUAAAGGGGAGGACGAUAUCACCAUGACGACUGGUGAACCUUUGAAAAGUGAAGACGGCCAGAGUGUAACCACCAGAGAAGCGGAGCAUCCAAACGGCGGCAGCAGCUCAAUAGAAGGAUUGCAAGCGGGCAGUUUUACCGCUCCACUAUCAGAUAGCGAAGACGCCAUGUCACACUCGCCUGACAGUGAUGAUGAAGGUCAUAAGAAAGCUGACAGUGACGACAAACGCAAAUGCUCUCAGUGUGGGAAAACUUUUGUUAAUAAGUAUACUUGUCGUAGGCAUAUGAGGAGCCACACUGGAGUAAAACCUUUUUCCUGCUCAGUUUGUGGUCAAAGAUUCGUUCUAAAGGAAUACCUAAAAACACACGAAAGAGCCCACACUGGAGAAAAACCUUUUUCCUGCUCAGUUUGUGGCAAAAGAUACAGUUAUAAGAACAACUUAGCUAUGCAUCAAAGAAUCCACACUGGUGAAAAAUGUUUUUCCUGCUCAGUUUGUAACCAAGGAUUCAGUUGCAAGAGCGCCUUAAAAAAACACACGAGAACCCACACUGGAGAAAAACCCUUUUCCUGCUCAGUUUGUGACCAAAAAUUCUCUUCAAAGGGAAACCUAAAACAACACACGAGAAGCCACACUGGAGAAAAACCUUUCGCCUGCUCAGUUUGUGGCCAAAGAUUCUCUUACAAAGGAGGCCUGAUAGAGCACACAGCAGUUCACACUGGUGAAAUACCUUUUCCCUGCUCAGUUUGUAACCAAGGAUUCAGUUGCAAGAGCGCCUUAAAAACACACACGAGAGCCCACACUGGAGAAAAAUCUUUUCCUUGCGCAGUUUGUGGCAAAAGAUACAGUUAUAAGAGCAACUUAGCAACGCAUCAAAGAAUCCACACUGGUGAAAAAUGUUUUUCCUGCUCAGUGUGUGGGAAAAGAUACUGUUCUCAGAACAACUUAACAACACAUGUAAGAACCCAUACUGGUGAAAAAGCUUUUUCCUGCUCAAUUUGUGGCAAAAGUUUCUCUUCAGAGAGAUACGUAACAAAACACAAAAUGACCCACAGUGGGGAAAAACCUUUUCCCUGCUCAAUUUGUGGCCAAAGAUUCUCCCAGAAGAGUUACUUAAAACAACACACAAAAACCCACAGUGGAGAAAAACCUUUUUCCUGCUCAGUUUGUGACCAAAAAUUCUCUUCAAAGGGAAACCUAAAACAACACACGAGAAGCCACACUGGAGAAAAACCUUUCGCCUGCUCAGUUUGUGGCCAAAGAUUCUCUUACAAAGGAGGCCUGAUAGAGCACACAGCAGUUCACACUGGUGAAAUACCUUUUCCCUGCUCAGUUUGUAACCAAGGAUUCAGUUGCAAGAGCGCCUUAAAAAAACACACGAGAACCCACACUGGAGAAAAACCUUUUCCUUGCGCAGUUUGUGGCAAAAAAUACAGUUGCAAGAGCCACUUAAAAACACACAUGAGAAGCCACACUGGAGAAAAACCUUUUUGCUGCACAGUUUGUGGCAAAAGGUUCAGUUGUAAGAACCGCUUGAAACCACACAUGAGAACCCACACUGGAGAAAAACCUUUUUCCUGCUCAGUUUGUGGCCAAAAAUUCGCUGCAAAGGGAAAUCUAACAAAACACAUAGGAACCCACACUGGAGGAGAACCUUUUCCUGCUAAAUUUGUGGUCAAAGAUUCUCUCUAAGGGAAACCUUAUUACAACACAUUAGAACUGGCGAAAAACUAAUUGUGCUCAGUUUGUGGUCAACGAUUCAAUCAGAAGGAUCAGGUUAAGAGACGUGUAUGUUGGUGUGAGAAGCGGUGGCCAAGGACAGUUUUGCCUGUCAUUCAUGCUGGCUUCAUCAGUUUGUGCAUGCAAGACGAUUCUAUUCUGUGGACCUUCCUCAUAUCCUGUUGUGAUUUGCUGUUAUUAUUAAAUCAUUAGUUAGAUAAUUAGAUAUUAUUAGAUACGUGUUUAUGGCCUGCAAAACCGUCAUAUACCCCAAAAAAUGCCAUAUAACCCUCAUGCCACAUGGCAAAAAAAAUGCCACAUGGCAAAAUUUUUUAACGAGCCACAUAGAGCUGGGCGGUAAACCGAAAAUUUACCGUCACUGAAAUUCUUCACAAUGACCGACGUAAUUUUGACCAUGUCGGUAAAUUCGGUGAAUUAAUAAAACAAGAAAAUAGUCUUUUCAUCCCGCUUUGACUCUGUGUCGUUCGUCUAUGUUCAUUCCCCUUUAAGAAAGCAGUGAAUGUAGGGAGUCACGUGAUCAUCAGGAAGCCAAUCAAACAGAAGCCCGGUAAGCUAACGCUAGCAGCUAAUGCUACAAACAAAACGUGAUGGAGUGUGGCUUAAGGGAGGUUCGCCAAACUUUCACCCGACAUUUAAUAGACUCUUGGUAGCAUCCAGACCGGCUUUCACCCGCUGUCCUCCCUUGUUCUCACGAUUUCUGGAGAUGGUGCUUUCAGUGCUUUCUACUGGUAGCCAGGCCACAGGCUAACCCUAGCGGCUAACGCUAGCGGCCGCUAGCGGCUAACGCUACAAAUGAACGUGAUGGAGUCGGAUAGCGGCUCUAACCUUGUCGAAACGGUUAAACUUAAUGAGUGGAUUGGGCACGGACUGCAUCCAGCAAUUACUAUGCCGCGUUAUUUUGUAUCCGACUGUGUGUGAUUUCUCUGAUAGCUUUUGUGAUGGUAAAGCAUUCAGCAUAAAGCACAGUCCAUCGGUGAAACUUAUUAUAUGACCAAGAAAUGGCCCCAGCUAUUUUUCUGUAUGUGCUUAAUUCUGUGUCAUUAUUGCUAUCAUAAAAUCUUAAGUGUUUCAUUUGCAGAAGAUCAAUAUAGCUUUAAAGUGCCUGUGACACGAAAAAGCAUGUUUAUUUCAUAAUACACGCAGUAUUUUAUGCCCCUGAAUGAUAUGGACCGCUUGGAUGUGUGUGGAAGCGAUCGCUAUAUUUAUUUAGUUUUUUUAAUUCCGCGCCAUGAAAAUGAGUGACUUCCGGCUUCGGUCUCUCAUUGAGGAGGAGGGCGCUGUGAUGUGUACGGUAGAAGACGUUCUCUUCACUAUACAGUGUACUGUUGUGUAUGAGGACGAAGGAUUCAGCUGAUUUUGCGGAUUAAUACUUUUAUUUUUUGCAUCACGCCAGCCAAACGGCUGCAGAAAAAUCAUUCUGUAUGCGGGAGAGGCGUAUGCGCCUUUUUGGAGUUUCAAAAGGUUCCCAUUCACCGUGGAUAUUUACUGUGGGACCAUUGGACUUACAAGUAAGUGAGUAAACAUCUUGUUUUGUAUUAUGUCAAAUACGAAUACAGUGAUUACAAAGUAAACACUAUAAAAUUCCUUAAAAUAAAGGACUACUUACGUUUGAUCAUUGAUAGGCAUGUAAAAAGCUAUCCUCAUGCUCAUUAGCAGUUAGCUGUUAGCACGUUAGCUCCACAACAACUCUAGCCACCCUCCUCCAGGGAACGAAUUGUAAAUUGCUCUCCGCCGGGCGGUUUGCCGAUCCGCAAAGAAACUCGACAACCGGGUCGUCAUGUCAAAUAAUCCAGGCUAGUUAUGUGUGAUUUUCCACUUCGAAGACUUUGAAACGUCCCUCGGUUCGGGUUAGCAUGUCGGCUAGCUGUCACUCCUUCUGGUCUGUUUACAUUCUCCGAAGCCGGGGAAGGGAAAUUACAUAUGUCCGAUUUAGGUGUCAUAAAAUAUCGUUCGGGAGGUGUGACAGUAAAGGUGAAGUCGACUGUUUUGACCAUUAUGGAGUAAUUUUGCCAUGUCGUCUUGAAUAAAUGGAUUUUUAUUAUUUUAUAUUCCAUUUAGCACAAGAUUGUUAUUUGUCAUGACUAUGCCAUUUAUUUAGCAAUUGGGGAAAGUACUUGGGUAAAAAGAAUAUCCUGUAAAAAUAUUGAAGUAAAGAGACAGAAACAAUGACAUUUUGCCGCUCUCUUCAUCGCGUUUUCAUCAUUGUGAAUAGUUCCCCCUCGACGGGCUGACUGGUCCUUCUCAAGCCAUUUAUAUAGCUAUUGGGGAAAAAUACUUGGAUAAAAAGAAUAUCCUGUAAAAAUAUUGGGAGUAGAGAGACUGAAACAAUGACAUUUUGCGGCUCUCUUCGUCGCGUUUUCCUCGUUCUGAACAAUUCCCCCUCAAUGGGCUGAAUAGUAAAACCGAUGAGCCCAGUCUACCGCUGACGUCAUCCACCUGUUGGGGACGCUAAAGCCCUAUAAUGGUAGGCGUGGCUAACCGGCAGAUUAAAAGACUAAUUUCUCGUCAUCUGCGCUUUGCUAAAUUGUUGUAUAUAGUCGAAUCGUCUCAAAAUAUGAUUCUAAUUCAUAUAAUAAUGCCAUUUAAGACUUUUUUUCUGGUGUCAUAUGCUCUUUAAUGUGUGUCUGUCUGUCUGUUUGGGGGUCCGUGUAUGCGUGCAUUUAUUAAAAAAUGCACUGUUGGGGAAAAAAAAAAACCUGAAACCAUAAAGUAAACACUUGUAUUGAAUAAUUAUGUCACAGCAGCCAUUAACAAUAAAUUGUCUUUUUGAAGUGUACUGUUCAAGCUGCAAGUCAUUUGUGUUACAAUGACAUGUUUGCACAGGCAUAUUGAUUUUGACAAUGUACAUUGUUCAAGCCAUACACGCUGUUAUAAAUGCUCAUACUUGAAUUCUUAUUGUUUACAAUACAUUUUUAUAAACCUAAUGUCUAGACUGCAUGUACAAUUGUUAAAUAUAUCAAAUUGAAUUCUGGUAACUAAAUCAACAAGAAACUGUUAAUCUGUAUUUCAUGCAUUGAUUCAGAUUUUCAGAUUAUAUAACAGUCCGCUUGGGCGAUUUUAUCGUCAUUUAUCGUUAUCGACAUAAAUCUGCUCCAUUUAUCGUGAUACGUCUUUAAGGCCAUAUCGCCCACCCCUAGAGCCACAUCAAGAUGUUAACGAGCAGAAAAACAUGCCGUAAAUAGGAGGAAUGUACGUAGCCGUAACAGGUAAACACGAUGUGUUGACUGACAAUUGGGCGGCACCAGUCAGGAGGGCGCAGUUGUGACGUCACGUGGGUAGGGUCUAUUGUGAGGCUUCUGUCGAUCUCAGCCAUCAAGCUCAGCUGGGGGAGGGGCUUACUUUUAUUAAGUGCUUCUUUAUUUUCAAUUUAAUUUGUAUUCAAGUUGCAGUUUUAUUUUAUGAUGUUGAAAGAGAAGGAUUGUUUAUUUUAAUGCUAUUUUUUUUUUUUCUAAAUUCAAUUAACCCUUUAUUUGGUUUUAUUCUAAAUUGAAUUAACCCUUUAUUUGUAGCUGGGUUCCAAAAAUAUUUCCGGACCCGCGAUUGUUGUAAUUUUUAAAUUUCAGAACAAGAGGAUUUUUAAUUCAUGACCCCUGGCCUAAACCAUCCGGCGUGUUUCGGAAAAAACCCGGAAUGAUAAUGCAUCUGGUGUGUUUGGGCCCCUAUUUGACGCGAGACGCGGCCAAUACUAUUACCGGUAGAUAGGAUCGGGCAGACCGGAAGUCACUCGUGUAAAAAUAUGGUGGUGCCGGUCGAUAUUUAAAAUAGUAUGCAAUCGUAACUUACUUUUCAAGUCAAUUAGAUCUGUUGAGGCUGUGGGUAGAUCGAACCACAAUUUACUUGUCGUUGUUAAUUUACUGCUGUCUUCUCUGCUAUAAAUAUAACCAACACGGCAGGACAGUAUCAACUCUGCUUUUAAUCUCGGUGCAACAGUACCCUCGUGUUCAAUACAAAACCCUCCUACCACAACAUAACAAGUAGGAACUAAUAUUCACAUAUGAACUAAAAUGAUACAACAUAAAAUAUAGAAUAUCAAUGAAUACUACAUCAUAUCUGUAAAACAAAUGCAAAAUAAAAUAAAUAAUAGCCCUUAUAUAAAAUGAAUUAAAAUGAGCUAAAACACCUGUAAUUAAAUAAUAAUAAUACACAAAUCUUGCUACACAAUUUAUUAAUUUCUGCGUUGUGCUUUAACUUGAGAAAAACCAUUACCAAAGCUUUAGAAAAAAAUGUUCAUAUGAAAAAUAAAAUGAUUGAGGCAUUUAAUUUGUAAAAUACAUGUUAAAAUCUUUGUCAUUGGGAUUGCAUUUCGCUAUCGCACAAGACGUCUUUUUUCAUCUUUCUUUCAGAAAGAAAGCUAACCAAUACAUGGGGUGUGAAAGGCAAAUGGUUGUUGUAUUAUUAUCUUUUAAUAUCCUCUACUCUCGCAUGAUCUUCCUCGCGUGAACCGAUCGAGCCGCUCCACAGAUGUGCUGCUCGUAAAACGCGUCCAAUGAAAAUUGACACCGAGCGUCACUGGUGCGUUAUCGCAUCGGAAUCGUUGACGCAAUGUUGACGAUUCUGGUGUAAAGCGGUUGGGAUGAAGAUCAGCACCUCCAAAUCCGAGACCAUGGUCCUCAGCCAGAAAAGGGUGGCAUGCCCUCUCCGGGUCGGGGAUGAGAUCCUGCCCCAAGUGGAGGAGUUCAAGUAUCUUGGGGUCUUGUUCACGAGUGAGGGUAGGACGAAGCGGGAGAUUGACAGGCAGAUCGGUGCUGCAUCUGCAGUGAUGCGGGCUCUGCUCCGGUCCGUUGUGGUGAAGAUGGAGCUUAGUCAAAAGGCGAAGCUCUCGAUUUACCGGUCGAUCUACGUUCUUACCCUCACCUAUGGUCACGAGCUGUGGGUCGUGACUGAAAGAACAAGCUCAUGGAUACAAGCGGCCGAAAUGAGUUUCGUCCGCAGGGUGUCCGGGCUCUCCCUUAGAGAUGCGGCGAGAAGCUCAGUCAUCCGGGAGGGGCUUGGUGUCGAGCCGCUACUCCUUCGCGUUGGGAGGAGCCAGUUGAGGUGGCUCGGGCAUCUGGUUCGGAUGCCUCCUGGACGCCUCCCUGGAGAGGUGUUCAGGGCAUGUCCCACCGGCGGGAGGCCCCAGGGUCGACCCAGUACACGCUGGAGAGACUGUCGCUCGGCUGGCCUGGGAACGCCUUGGAAUCCCGCUGAAGUGGCUGGGGAGAGGGAAGUCUGGGCUUCCCUGCUAAAGCUGCUACCCCCACGAUCCGACCCCGGACUAAGCGGAAGAUAAUGGAUGGAUGGAUAAUACCCGCUACUCUCGCAUGAUCUUCCUCGCGUGAACCGAUCGAGCCGCUCCACAGAUGUGCUGCUCAUAAAGCGCGUCCUAUGAAAAUUGUCCCAGAGCGUCACUGGUGCGUUAUCGCAUCGGAAUCGUUGACCCAGUGUUGACGUUUCUGGUGUGUUGCCAGGGUUAUAGUAUUGUCACAGUAGGGUCGCGUCUCGCGUCAAAUACAUCCCGGUCAACCUGAGGCCUUUGGCAAUCUUAUAAAUAGUGACGUAUGCCCUUAGAAAUUGGUGACUAAUCUUACAACGUUUAAUAUAGCGUGCAAUAUGAAACAAAAAUAAAACUCUUUUUUUAAAAUGAUUCUCUCAUUUUUAAAAUGAUAUGAAUUUAUUGGUAAUUAUUAUUAUUAUUAUUGGUAACUUAUUGUUACAUAUAACCUGGUGCAAUCAAAGAACAGAGAUAUUUUCUGCUACAUCAUGAAUACUAAAAAUUAACAGUGACUUUCGUUAUAAUUUUUUUUCUCUCUAUUUUCAACAAGUUAUUAUUUGGCGCAAAUGCAAGCAAACACUCGCACUGUACAGCCCUGCCAACACAUUGGGUCUGAAAGGCUAAUGGUUGUUGUAUUGUUAUCUUUCAAUAGUCGCUAUUGUCGUGCGAUCUUGCAACCCACGCAUGAAUUGAUUGAGCUGCUCCACAGGCGCUCUGCUUGUGAAUGGCAUUCUGUUUAAACUGGGGGCGAGCGUAAGCGGUCCAUUGCCGACGCGCCGGAGACAAUCCCGUAUAAGCCAGGGUGUUCUAACAUAUCAGAGUGCCCAGAAUAUGAGGUACCCUCUCAUUACAGCGCAUGCGCGGGCACGUGUUGAAGGAAGUUGGACGACAAUUACCCUUGCAUUCAUCGUGGCAGCAUAGCAGAGACGUAUGGACACCCCACCUCAUCCUCAAAAGGAGAAACGUCUCCAAAAAAUAGAGUGGAGUACAAGAGGGGAACCCGUGGCUCGAUAGAGUGACUGAUGAUGAUUAUAAAGUGAACUGGUAAAACAGCAUGCUGCAGGGGACCUCCUCAAACGGAAUAUAAGAUCCCAGAAGAGCCUUCGUCACAAUUCUUUGUACCUGAAACAUUCCCUGAGCUUGAUUUGGUAUGUUAUUAUGCUCUUGUAUAUGGAUAACAUAUAGGCUAUAUUUAUAUAUACCUUCAUACAUCUUGCAUUAAUAGGAGCAUAGCUAGGCUACUUCAGUUGCUACUAUGGUUGAUUAUUUUCAGGAAUGUUGAUUUUUUUUUUUUUUUUGAAACUUGCAUUUAUUAUCAAUCAAUAUGGAUUGAAUUUACGUACCCAUAAAGAACAUCUUAUUUUGUUACGCUAAUGCCCCUCAUUUUGAAAUUAUUCCUAAUAGAUUAACAGCAAAUAAACACUGAAUAAAUAGUCCUAUAGCGGAUAUAUACUAUCUAUUGAUCGAUUGAUAGUGAAUUUGUCAUCAUCCCACUCCUACACUCUAAAUUACUACAGCUGAGGUAACACAGGCAUACCACACAGUAAAACGUAGCCAACCAGAGCUACAAUAGUGCUGACUGUGGACACAGGCUCAAUCAGAAGAUUUUUAUAUGAUUCCAAAAUUGUGAAGAAAAUGACUUUGGGGAGAACAAAGCAAGAGGCACUGUUGAAACAAGUCCUGGGUCCAAAGGCAGUGGGUGAUGUGCUCAAGAUCUUAACGUCACCCAUCCCAUUCUCCAUACAGACCGAUGCCUCGUAUAAAUUGAGCAGAAAGAUGAUUCCCCUUGAUGUCCAGUACUUCAGUCCAGAGUCUGGGCUCACCAACAAAAUGCUGGACUUCGUAGAGAAUGCAGACGAGUCAGCUGCUGGAAUUGUAGCUCUCCUAGAACAUUCUCUUAAGAAAUUUGGCUUGUCAAUGGAUCACGUGACUGGAUUCAGUGCUGACAACACAAAUGUUAAUUAAUUCAUUUUCACUAACCUGCAGAACAAAACAAAGCAAUCUGCUGCAAGGAAACUGCCAUGCCCACAUAGCGCACAGUUUUCUCAUCUAAAAAUAGAUAUAUUUCUAUGCAUUGUAGGAGUUUUGGGGAUGCCCCUUUUUUUCGCCCGUAAGGCUUUGGGCGCGAGGGAGGCGUCCCUUAUUUCUAUUUCUGAAAGGUGGCAACCCUAAUCAUGUGGGUGUAGUUUUUAGCAACGUCGGCAUAGUUUGUUGCGGCUGUCGGCUGCAGUAAGUUUUUUUUUUUUAUUGCUUCUUCCUCUACGCAUGUGAUGUCAGCGUGUUGUCCUGCAUUAAAGGUAGUCCGGGCAAAAUGUGAUUCUUUGAGCUGGCAAAGUGAAACGAUUCCUUGAGGUGAAUAACAUUACUCGGAUCAGUUUUUUAACUCGAGUUGCGCAAGUAUUCGUUUCAGCUCUAGAGUUGCCCUGCACUCCCCUCAAGUUGAGGGGAGUGCAGGGCUCUGUCUGGCACGCUGCAUCCGAGAAGUCAGAACUGUUAUUUGGUGGUGUUUGUCCAAUUCAUUUAGUCUUUAUGCGAUAGUCCAAUGCUUGUCGUUUGCAGGUAUGACUGACUCAUUUUGACAUCAGUGCGAGUUCAAGCUAGUACACAUGUACAGUGGGGCAAAUAAGUAUUUAGUCAACAACUAAUUGUGCAAGUUCUCCCACUUGAAAAUAUUGGAGAGAGAAUUGUCAACAUGGGUAAACCUCAACCAUGAGAGACAGAAUGUGGAAGAAAAAAAAAAACAAAAUCACAAUGUUUGAUUUUGAAGGGGAAAGGAUAUCAUCAUCGCACACACCAUAUAAUUGUAUGCAUUAGUCUAAAACAUAUAUAGUCUAACACAUACAUAUGAUACAGGUUCUCGUAGGCACCGUCUAACUGUUUGCAUUACUCUAACACACGUAAUAUAAUUAAUCAGGAAAUAGUAUAAUUUUCAUAUUUACGGUAGGACUACACUACUAAUAUAAAAUAAAUAGAGCACCAUAGUUUAAUGAGAAGAAAUAGAAGAGAUACACAAUGCCGUCUUAUCACAAGAUUGACGCACCAACUCUGGCAAUCAGCUCUCCCAGCAAACUCCAAGGACAAAGCGCUUUGUCCUAAAACAAGUACAACCAGCCCGGACAGCAAAGUUGAUAGCGGGCGUCCCAGUCUGCGCACGAACCUAAGCCGCCCAAAACCGGCCACAGAGGGGAUGACCCAAAAGCAACGCCCAGAAACGCCUUCGACAAGGCCCGCCUCAGCAAAGACUUUAAAAAGACUGGACACUGAGAUAACAGAUUUUUUCUGCUCGGAAACAUGUAGCCUUGUUUUGGAUCCGGAAUUGUCCCCCCGUUGUCUGUUUUUGCCUUGUUUUUACCAUUGUCGACGAAUAAAUUGUCAACCUGUUUUCAGUGAGUGUUCUUCAAGCUUUUAAAACAUGGAGUCAGUA